GAUCCAUCAUCGAAGAGAAAGAGAAAGAAAGAGAGAGAAGAUCUUUUUUGAUCACGUUGAAAGGGGAGGAAAAAAAGAAAGAAAGAAAAUAUGUAUUCCUCAGGGCGCAUGCGCAGAAAGGAGCAUAAGCUCGAGAGUAGUAUCAUCAGUGACACUAUUGACGAUAGUAGUAGUAGUAGUAGUAAUAGUACUAGUACUAGCAAUAGUAUUAGUCGUAGUAAUAGUAGCAGCAGCGGUAGUAGUAACAGCAAUUGGAAGAAGAAGUCGACGACGACGACGACGACGACGACGACGACGAUAACAACAUCGACGACGACGACGUCGACGACGACGACGACGACGACGACGACGACGACGACGACGACGACGUCGACAAGGAGUACAACAAGCAUCAGUGUUACAUUUGCCGAUCAGCAGCGGGCCUGUUGUCAACGUUGUUGUUGUUUAUCGUCGAGUUUGAUUAACAAGUGUAAAGAGUAUAACAUUGAAAACGACGUGGACUCAAUGAGAACUUGUGUUCUUUGUGAAAGGUUACAUGGAUCAUCGUCGUACGAUCGAGAUGAUCUCGGUCGGAUCGACGAUCGUUUUCCUUCUCUUCCUAUUCCAUCAUCAUCAUCAUCAUUAUCAUCAUCUUCUUCCUCUUCUUCAUCUUCAUUAUUAUCAUCAUCAUCCUCGACGUCGUCGUCAUCAUCAUCAUCUUCUUCUUCUUCUUCUUCCUCCUCCUCCUCCUCCUCCUCUUCCUCCUCCUUCUCCUUCUCCUCCUCCUCUUCCUCAUCUUCCUCCUCUUCCUCCUCCUCGUCGUCGAAAUAUUUUAAUUCGUAUUCGAAGCCGAAGUAUUACGAAGUUUCGUCGAAGAGGAUUAGAAAGGAAGAUAAGUGGAUAACGGGGGAGAAUAAUAAUUGUUGGAUCGAUAAUCCUGGACAAAAUUCGAGAUUGGCCUCGAGUGUUGUACGGUGGACGAAGAAUUUGUGUUAUUGGAGACUAGCUUUCAGUAUUGUCAUUUUCCUAGCUCUCAACUUCCCGCCUACUACUUUGGCCGGUUUUCAAGGGAAAACCUCGAUUGGUAACAUCAAGAAGGACGGUGUGUGCCAAAGUAUAGACAUAAGGAACAGCGUGAAUCAAUUCUCAAGACUGCAAGGAUGUCGAGUAGUCGAAGGAUUCGUCCAAAUUCUACUAAUCGAUCACGCCGAUGAUUCGGCCUAUGCGAAUCUCACGUUUCCAGAUUUGGUAGAAAUAACAGAAUUCCUCGUUUUAUACAGAGUAAAUGGACUACGAAGCGUCGGCCGUCUCUUUCCAAAUCUGACAGUUAUUCGAGGUCAUUCUCUAUUUAUUAAUUAUGCUCUAGUUGCAUUUGAGAUGAUGCAUCUACAAGAAAUCGGUCUUCAUUCAUUGACCGAUAUUUUACGUGGUUCGGUACGUUUUGAAAAGAAUCCAGCGCUUUGUUACGUUGACACCAUCGAUUGGGAUGUCAUAGCCAAAGCUGGAAAAGGCGAACACGUCAUAUCGGGAAAUAAACCAAAGAAUGGCUGUCCGAUAUGUGAAAAAAAUUGUACCACCAGAUUGACUAAGCCCGAUGAAACGCUUUGCUGGAAUCGACAACACUGCCAACGAAUAUGUGACAAAAGAUGCGGAGAUGGUUCCUGUGAUGCGUCAAAUCAUUGCUGUCAUCCGUCAUGCCUGGGUGGUUGUACGGGAUUAACAGCGAAUCAUUGUAAAGUCUGUAAAAACGUUUUAGUAGAUGGUAAUCAUUGUCAAAAUCAUUGUCCAAAUGGUACAUAUGAGUUUAUGAAUCGUCGUUGCAUCGGUGAGGAUGAAUGUCGUCAAAUGGUAAAACCAAGAGAGGCAUUAAGUAUCGUCAAAGAUAAUCCUUACAAACCAUUCAAUGGUAGUUGCAUUAUCGAAUGUCCUGCUGGUUAUAUGGACGAGGAGGUAAAUAAUAAAACAUCUUGUAGAAAAUGUAAAGGGCCAUGUUUAAAGGAAUGCGCUGGUACUAGCGUUGACAGUAUUGCUUCGGCUCAGAAAUUACGUGGUUGUACUCAUAUUACCGGUAGCCUUGAGAUUCAGAUAAGAGGCGGUAAAAAUAUUGUCAAUGAGCUAGAGGAUAGUUUGAAUAUGAUAGAAGAGAUAGAUGGUUAUUUGAAGAUCGUACGAAGUUUUCCAUUGAUAUCAUUAAACUUUUUAAAAAGUCUUCGAGUUAUAAGAGGUAAUUAUUUGGAUAAUAGCAAAUAUACACUCGCCGUUUUGGACAAUCAAAAUCUUCAAGAACUUUGGGAUUGGAGUACUCACGGUGAGAUUGGUAUAUUGUCCAAGGACGGUCCAGCUAAAGUCUUUUUUCAUUUCAAUCCAAAGCUAUGCUUUCAUAAGAUUGAAACGCUUAGAAAAAAGGCAGGUCUUCAAGAGUUUACGGAUCUUGAAGUAGCACCUAAUAGUAAUGGCGAUAAGGUAGCUUGUAAUGUUACCGAAUUGAAAACUAUUGUAACAAAGACAACGUCGGAUGCAGCAUUGAUAGAAUGGGAACAAUUUACUCAUCAUGAUCCUAGAUCAUUAUUAGGAUAUGUCGUGUAUUUCAUCGAAGCACCAAAUGAAAAUGUAACGAUGUAUGACGGUAGAGAUGCUUGCGGUGGUGAUGGUUGGAGAGUUGACGAUGUUUCCGCCAUCGAAGGAUCAACCAAGCCAAUAACCACCAAUUAUACAGAACCUGAAAAACCAAGUUACCUCUCGCAUAUUUUAACACAAUUGAAACCAUUCACGCAAUAUGCAUUUUACGUUAAAACAUAUACAAUAGCAACGGAGAGAUCUGGUGCACAAAGUAAGGUCACGUAUUUCACAACGAAACCGCAUGCACCUAGUGCUCCUAGAGGACUUUCAACUUAUAGUAAUUCCAGCAGCGAAUUAAUAGUCUCUUGGUUACCGCCUUUAAGAAAAAAUGGUAAUCUUACGCAUUACAGAAUUGUUGGACGUUGGGUACCGGAUGAUUCGAACUUCAUCGAUCAAAGAAAUUAUUGCGAUGAACCCAUGUCAUUGCCAGAAAAGAAAUCAAUGUCGGUAAUGGCCGAGGAGGAAAGAAAACGUGCAGAGGAAGAAAAGGAAUUGGCAAAGAUACCGGAAACGACAUCCUGCGAUUGUGCCGAUCGAGAAUUAGAUCAGUCCAUGCGGGAAAAGGAAGUAUCGAGUUCAAUUGCAUUCGAGGACGCUUUGCACAAUCAGGUUUACGUUAAACGAAUAGAUGCACGUAGGAGACGUGACACUAGCGAGAUAUUUGAAUUAGUUAAAAGAAGAGAUCAUAGUUAUUACUCCGAGAAGGAAUCGACGGCCGAUAAAAUAGUGAACAAUACUUAUAUUGUAUUCGACAGGGAGGUACCUAAUCCAAAUUUAAGUUUCGUUAUGAAAAAUCUUCGACACUUUGCCUAUUACAAUAUCGAAGUCCAAGCAUGUCGAGAGGUUGUCAAGAAUGAUACAAAUGAUACUUGUUCGACCAAAAGUAUGAAGACCUAUAGAACAUUACCAUUGGAUAGUGCCGAUAAUAUUCCUGCGAAUACCUUCAGAUUGAGCAUUUCCGGUGAGAAUAACAGUCUGACAACUGUUACGCUUUAUUGGGCAGAACCACCGCAACCAAAUGGCCUGAUUGUUACCUAUCAAAUCGAAUAUAAAAGAGUGGAUAUACAGAACAUAAAAGCAACCGUAGUUUGUAUAACAAGACGUGACUUCACCAAAGCCGGCAAUUCUUACAUCCUUAAAGAUCUACCAGCUGGUAAUUAUUCGAUCAAGGUCAGAGCCACGAGUUUAGCCGGCAAUGGAAAUUACACAGAGGCACAAUACUUCUUCAUAAAGGAAUAUAAUAAUUUGGGAUUAUUUUGGAUAUUAUUUUGGUCAAUAUUAACAAGUCUAUUUGCAGUUAUGAUGUUUGUAGGAUUUUAUAUAUGCAAAAGAAAAUUCAUGCGUAAUGUUCCUAGCAGAAGAUUAAUAGCAACGGUUAAUCCAGAAUAUGUUAGUAGCGUUUAUGUUCCCGAUGAGUGGGAAGUACCUAGAAAAAAAAUUCAUGUACUGAAAGAAUUAGGAAAUGGUUCCUUUGGUAUGGUUUAUGAGGGUUUAGCAAGGGACGUUGUCAAAGGGAAACCAGAAGUACGUUGUGCCGUUAAAACAGUCAAUGAAAAUGCAACGGAUAGAGAAAGAAUAGAAUUUCUUAACGAAGCAUCCGUAAUGAAAGCUUUCAAUACUCAUCAUGUGGUAAGAUUGCUCGGUGUAGUGUCUCAAGGACAACCUACCUUGGUGGUAAUGGAGCUAAUGGUGAACGGUGAUUUAAAGACAUAUUUGAGAAGUCAUAGGCCGGACGUUUGUGAAAAUUUCUCUAGGCAACCACCAACAUUGAAAAGAAUCUUACAAAUGGCAAUUGAAAUAGCCGAUGGUAUGGCAUAUCUUGCAGCAAAAAAAUUUGUCCAUAGAGAUUUGGCAGCGAGAAAUUGUAUGGUUGCUGAGGAUCUUACUGUUAAGAUCGGUGACUUUGGAAUGACAAGGGAUAUAUAUGAGACUGAUUAUUAUCGUAAAGGUACAAAAGGUCUUUUACCAGUUAGAUGGAUGGCACCUGAAAGUUUAAAGGAUGGUGUAUUUACAAGUUUCUCCGAUGUAUGGAGUUAUGGGGUUGUUUUAUGGGAAAUGGUAACCCUUGCCUCGCAACCUUAUCAAGGUUUAUCGAACGAUCAGGUAUUACGGUAUGUAAUAGAAGGUGGUGUUAUGGAACGUCCAGAAAAUUGUCCAGACUCGCUUUACAAUUUAAUGAGACGUACUUGGUGCCAUAAAGCAACAAGAAGGCCAACCUUCAUCGAUAUAGCUACAAUAUUAUUACCGGAUGUCAAUUUGGAAGCUUUCGAACGUGUUAGCUUUUAUCACAGUCCAGAAGGUAUCGAAGCGAGAAAUCAAAAUAUAUCUCAUUCGCCGCAAACAGACAAGGAUCUAGAAAUGACGACGCUUCAAGAUUUACGCGAGGAGGAAGCCGAGGGUGAUGAGGAUUCCCCAUUGCGCCAAGACUUUGGUGAUUUUGCUAGUUUCGAGCCUACCAGUAUUAAAAACAGUUUGAGCCCACGUUACACGUUAGAGCCAUACGGUGAGAAUUCAAAAACAAAGAGGACGAACUUUAACGAUAUGAAUUCGUCCAAGGUACCAUUGAAAGCCGGUUUCGAUGAUUUCGAUGGUAUUUCAGGAGAUUCAUUGGCAUCGAGCAAAGAUACUUUGAACUUGCCAUUUGUCGAGGAUAGUUUAAAAUCUGUUAAAAAUUCACCGUACAUUCAUGGUAAAAAUACAUCAAGAGGUAACGUCAGUCAAACGUCAGCGGCAAGAUCAACGAGUCCACAAAGUUUGAUCAAGCAACAACAACAACAACAACAACAACAACAACAGCAACAACAACAACAGCAACAGCAACAGCAACAACAACGAACGUAUACGGAGAGUCCAAAUUCUAUUAAAUCUAGAACAAAGAAUCCUGAUUAUGAAAAUAGUAGCCCAGAGAUAUUAGCCAAUAUUGAAAGGAAACUUGCAAUACCAUCCCAAUUAGAAUUAUCAUCGGUGGACACAAUAGACAUUGGUAUAGAUAUUGAUAAAAAGGAUGGUCUCUCGUCUACAGUUGAAUAUGUUAAUAAACCAGAGACAUUGAACAAUGGUUAUAUUGGUGGUAAUAAUAAAACAACGUAGUCCCAAUGAUAAAUCGUAAAUCUCCUCGAAUAUAAUAUAUAAUUAAGCAAACAAAGACUCAAAAUGGAAGACCAUUUAUUUCUUAUUACUAUGAACAAAAAGGAGAGAGAGAGAGAGAGAGAGAGAGAGAGAGAGAGAGAGAGAGAGAGAGAGAGAAAAAGAAAGAUAUAAAGGAGAG